AUGGCUCAUCUAGUCCCAUUACCUGAGGUCGAAAGGCUCAGUGCGUCGGUGGUGCGGGUUCUGGGAGGGAAUCCCGGGAAGUUUACUCUACAAGGAACAAACACUUAUCUGAUCGGACAAGGGCCUCGUCGUAUCCUUAUUGACACCGGCGAAGGCAAGCAAUCCUGGGCCGCGCAUCUAAAAAAAGUGCUGUCGGAUGAAAAUGCGACAGUCCACCAGGCUCUUAUAACGCACUGGCACCACGACCAUGUUGGUGGUAUUCCAGACUUACUCAGACUGUGCCCUGAAGUAACAAUCUACAAGCAUCAGCCCGGAGAAGGGCAGGUAGAUAUUCAGGAUGGGCAAGUCUUUCAGGUUGAAGGAGCAACGCUAAGAGCCGCCCAUACGCCAGGCCAUACAGUUGAUCAUAUGGUGUUUGUAUUUGAGGAAGAGAAUGCCAUUUUCACGGGUGAUAAUGUUCUAGGCCAUGGAACAGCAGUGUUUGAGGACCUAAAGACCUACCUCGAUAGCCUGAAGCGAAUGCAAAAUCGGGUCUCAGGUCGAGGAUACCCCGGUCAUGGAGCAGUUGUCGAGAAUGCUACAGCAAAGAUCGCAGAGUAUAUACGGCACCGACAGCAGCGGGAGGACGAGGUGAUCCGCGUGCUGCGGUACGGAAAACUAGACGUCGGCGAUCACGAGCGCUCUCCGGAGCGGAAGUCGUGGUGGACUCCUCUCGAGAUAGUGAAGAUCAUCUACACAGAUGUUCCUGAAAACCUCCAUCUCCCCGCUGCAAAUGGGGUCGUACAGGUGCUAAGCAAGUUGGAAGCCGAAGGGAAGGUCAUUCACGAUACGGACUCCGACCGCUGGACCCUUAACACGGGCAAAUCAGCUUUGUGAUUUAACAUGCGGAUGUCCGUACAGUCUCUGCUUAUCGCUGUGAUAUAGUCAGCCAGAUUGGAUAGGUGCCCAAGUGGUAACCUUGGCAUAAUCAUGCAAAUCCCACUUAGAAGCCAAGCGCUGGUACUAGAAAG